UGUAUAAUAUUUAAAUCUCAGUGUCGCUUGAUAUAUAACUAAUACGGCAAGGCAUCAUCACUAUAUUAUUCACAAAAACGUGUGUGUGUGUGUGUGUGUGUGUGACAAAACAAGUGAAUUUUAUCACUGCGCAGGCGUUUUAGCUUGCUGAGGUGGUCGCCAUGGAGACGGAGACGCCAGACAGAUGACAGUGUGUUCACGGCUACUUUUGCUGGAUAUUACUUAAAAUGAAGUAUAUCCACAGUACGAGCACCUAACGCAGGAUGUAGACAAUACACGGGGAACUAUAGAGGCAGUUGUGAUGUGUGAAGAGGACGGAGUGUGACAAAGAUGACAGACACUGCAAUGGACGCGGGGUCUGAGGAUCAACCCCAGCAAGAUGAAGCGUCUGUGGCAGUCUCAACCCCUCAGGCAACCGACGCCGAGGAAACCGUGACGGUAGAGGAGCUGGAGGAACAACUGAAGGCGUCGCGGGCGGAGACGGCGGCGGCGAGGGAGGUUGUGACCGCCCUGACCCAGCAGUUGGCCACCUCGGUACCCAGGUCUCAAGCACUCAUGGCCCGUAAGGACCUGGAACGCCGCAUUGACACCCUCACCAGAGAGAACCAAGCUUUGACGGACAACGUAGAGAAAGAACAGCGGGAACGAGAGUGGCUGGAGGGGGAGCUGAGGGCCCAGUACGAGGCUGCUGAGGGGCUGGAACAGGAGAUGACCAACCUCCAAACCUUCGUCAGGAACCUCCACACACUCGUCGAGGAUAAAUCAAAGACCCUUGAGGCACAGAAGGAGGAGCGUGAAGGGAUUGGUCGGCAACUGGAGGAGGGGAAGGAGGAGGUGACACGACUGAAGAAAGAAGUGGAGUCGCGUUCCCGGGUCCUGGCCCGAGUUGAGGCUUCUAACAAAGAUACUGCCAGCGUCCUGAAGCUGAAGGAGGAGGACAUCGUAAGGUUGCAGAAGGAGUCGUCGUUGGCCAGGCGUCAGUAUGAUCAACUGGAGAAGACUGUGCAUCGCCAGGACCAGCGGAGAGCGGACGUCGAGGACCAGGUCAAGAAUCUCCGUGGCCACCUCAAGGUGGCGGAGAAGCAGGCGGAGACGGAGGAGAGGCAAAGGCUGAAGGUGGGCAGACAGGCGGAGAAACUCAAGCGGGAGAGGGACGUCGUACACCGCACUUACGUCAAGACCCUUGGUACUGUACAGAAACACGCUGGUCUGGUGCACAUCAGGGAGAUGGAGAGGCAGAACGCUGAGCGAGAGUUGGCACGAACCCGCCGAGACAUCACCAAGCAGGAUGGCCUCAUCACCGCCCUCCAGCACACUAGGGACAGACAGCUGGAGGAAACGACCAGGAUGGAGUCUCGAGUAGUCGAUUUGGCAGCAGAGAUUGAGACACAGGGAAGAGAGGUACAGCGUGCCCUCCAUACCCAGGCUGUCACCCGGGCACACCUCCAGCAGUCUAACGCCCUCGUGGAUGCCCUCAAGACGGACAACUUUACCAUCGGCAGACAGCUCAGAAACGUCAAGACGGAGAAGGAGGAGGUGCUGGAUGAGUCUAAAAAGGCGAGCUACCUGGUGACCAAACUGCAGCAGAACCUCAACGCCCGCGACCACGACCUCCAGAAGAUCACGUCAGAGGUGUUGAUAUUAGAGCGGGAACACGAGCAGGUGAGGGAGGCGGAGAGGGCGGCGAGGAGUGUGGCCCAGGAGAGGCAACGAGCUAUCCAGUACGCUGAGGGGGAGAAGCUUGGCCUCACCCACGUCCUCCAUGACCAGGAGGCCGCACUCAAGGCCCUGCAAAAAGACUUGGAGGAGGAGCGGGCGGGUAAGGGCGUGGUGGCGACACAGUUAGCUCGACGUAACGACGAGGUAAAGGCCCUGAGGGAGCGAGUGAGGCUGCUGGAACACGUCCUACACAAGGGCGACAAGGACUAUGUUAACCGUCUUCAGGACAUCAACACCCUCACCAACGAGGUCACCGCCCUCAGGGACGAGAGGCAGGUGCUGUCCCGCCACGUGAAGCUGGUGGAUUCCCUCAAGGUGGAGCUGGUGCGUCUCCAGAGGGAGUUGAUCGCCUCCCAGAACAAACGGGCAGUGUUGGAGGAGGAGAUCGUUCGUAGAGAGAAGGCCCACCGCUGGACCACCCUCAAGGCGUCUGACCCCAGCACCUACGACCUGUUACGUAAGAACCAACUCCUACAGAAGAGGCUCGUGGCGGCGACGCAGAGGUUGGCGGCCAGUGAGGGAGAGGCAGCGCAUAAAGAGCGGGAGGUGGAGGAGCUGAGGCGGAUAGUGGAAAGGUCGGCGGCUCAGCACCCUGACGCAGCCGCCUCCAGAGCCCACCUCAUUAAUCAGCUCCGUACCAAGGACGACCAAAUCAAGAGCGUGACGGCGGCACUGAACAUGGCAGUGUUGGCCCAGGAGGAGGGAGAACAAGACCGCCGUCACCUCAGGGACCAACUGGCAGCUACCAGACGCAGGCUUAAUACCUUACAGCGGAGACAGCAGCGGAGACGGCUAACGGGGAUGAACCAACAGGAGGGUGGUGGAGAGGGCGGCGGUCGGCAGGUGGACACUGACGGCACCAGGACCGGCGAGGUGACCCGAAACGAGGGAUGGUUGCCUUCACAUACCGCCUAGUCGGGCCCCGCUCUGACCAGAUAUCCCUCCUCUUAGAGACAGGCCUGGCACUUGACAUUAUUAGGGACCGGCCACACUUUGCCAUAAACAGAUACAU